AUGGAGGAAGUCGAAGGUUGGAGAGAAAGCUGGGUUGAUGAGGUAGUUGAAUGGAAGUUGGACGAAGAAGAUUGGCACGGUUUGAGUGUUCACAGAGGGGUAUGCGUGAGAUGGAAGAGUGGGUACCAAAGUGAGGUUCUGGUUGUGAUAUUGGGAACAUCAGAGGGUGUAUUUGAUGCUCAGGGAGGAAGAAGAUCGAUGGUUGAGGGAUUUACAUGGAGCUGUCUGGCUUUGAAUCCCGCGGAGAAGUGGAUGGAAACUAGAGGGUGGAACAAAUAUUUGAGGUCUAGAAAAUUGGAGAUAAGGUGCAGGGCGAGUUAUCAGCAACUCUUUUCCAUUGGGGCAGUAUUGGGUUCGUCGGAAUAA